AUGCCUUCCUCGAAAGAGUUGUCGCCUUCAACGGCUCCGUUCUUCCCCAACCAAUUCAUUAAGAACCAAUUCUGCUCCAAACCUCAGUAUCCGCCCAAAGAUACUGAUCUCUCAGGGAAGGUUGCUAUCGUGACAGGCUCCAAUACUGGCUUGGGGUUCGAAUGUGCUAGACAGCUCCUCUCCUACAAGCUGUCUCGGUUGAUUAUUGCCGUCCGCAAUGCAGCCAAGGGCAAAGAUGCAGCGGCCAAGCUGCGAGACCAGUAUCCCAAUGCCACCAUUGACGUGUGGCUACUGGACAUGAGUUCAUACAACUCCGUCCAAGCGUUUGCAACAAGGACCGAGAAGGAACUUUCUCGACUGGAUAUUGCCAUCUUGAAUGCUGGAAUCACUGGUUCUGAGUUCAAGAUUAUCCCUGAGACCUCGCAUGAGGAGGCAUUGCAGGUCAAUUACUUGUCAACUAUGCUUCUCACCAUCCUCCUCCUUCCUAUCCUGAAAGUAAAGUCAGAUCCUGGGCAACCCGGAAGACUGACGAUUGUCACGACUAUGCUCUCAAUUAUAGCAAAGUUCGCCAAUAAGAACGCCAAACCACUAUUGCCCUCGUUCGACGAUCGGAAGAACUUCGAUUCGGUGGACAAUUAUCCGAAGACAAAAUUGUUGGGCCAAUUGUUCGUCUGGAAAUUGGCAGACUUGGUAUCAAGUGAUGAUAUUAUCAUCAACAUGGUGGAACCGGGCUUUACAAAGGGAACAGAGCUCCAGCGAGACGCCCCUUUUGCCACCAAAGUUGCUCUGAAUCUACUGAAAGCGGUGUCCGCCAGGGAUGUCAAGCUUGCAGCGUCGACUUAUAUUGAUGCUGCUGUCGUCAAAGGCAAACACUCCCAUGGGAGUAUACUUACGAAUUGGGAGAUAGCACCGUAUGCUCCUUUUGAGUACACGAGUGAGGGACACGAGGUCAUGGAAAGACUCUGGAAAGAAACCAUUGAGGAACUUGGGCCCAUGGGCGUCGGCAGGAUCCUGGAGUCACUGUCAAAAUCCUGA